UACAUUCUACGAAGUCCUGAGACUGUACGAUGAGUUAUAAAGUGAUUAUCGUAAGUUAUACGGUGAUUAAUUUGCCCCUCCCAUACAUUCUACAAUAUAUCCAAAAGAUGUAAACAAUUGCAUUGUAGGUAAAUAAUAAAUCACUUUUCUAGAAAAAAGUGGAAGAUCUAUAACCAUGACAGGAAUGGAAGGUGAGAUAUUAAACGAAUUUUUUAAAAAACACAAUGUUACAAAAAAGUUCUGGUUGGUUCAGAAAGACUAUUGGGGUGACGUGUUUGAUAAUGGCACUGUCUAUGGACUUAGAGGCGAUGUGUACAGAGAUAAUGUCGACAUAGGUGUUGCUGCCCAUUACUCCACAGACAGAAUGUACAGAUUCUUUGGUCUAUCAAUACCUACACUAAGAGUUGGAUUGACUUGUUUGGUGCCAGCGCCAAAGUUGGUUGCUGCUUGGUUAACACCAGUAUAUGUCUACAGCAUUUGCACGUGGCAAGCUAUAUUUUUUGGAUACGUUGCAAUUAUUCUUUGCACACAUUAUAUAAACAUUUUAAUAACAAAAUACAGAUUAAAAUACGCAAGUUUAAUGGGAAAUCGGCUAUUGAUCAGGAAAUUCGGAAGAGAUCUACUUGGAGUUAUUCAAAUAUUUUUUACUGACAACAUUAAAGUGCCAGUUCCCUCAAGAAACAGUGCAGCUAUAAUAAUGAUGACAAUGUAUUUUUUCGCAUUUUUCUUAACAAGAAUUUAUGAAAGCGGUCUUGCUACAAUUAUGACACUUCCUUGGUAUGAAAAUUCAAUUGAAACAAGAGAAGAUUUUCUAAAUAGCAAUAUCAAUUGGGGUGCAAUUCAAGUAGCUGACUGGAUUAAUUAUUGGAAGCUCGAUAAUGAGACUCUCCUACAAAAUGCUUACAACAGAUACAUUGCUACAUCCUCUGAAACACCUCUAAAAGAAUAUCUAAAAACAAAUAAUUUUGGUUUAAUGAUUGAAAGGUUGCCACAGCACAAAUAUCAUUUUCCAUUUUCAUUAAAUAAUGAAAUAAAAAAUUUACAACUAAUGAAGGAAGACUUACAUAGAGAGUACUCAGUUUUUCUGCUACGAAAAAGUUCAGUUUUACUUCCAUCCCUUAAUGAUUUUAUAUAUCGAAUUAAUGAAGCAGGCAGUCGCUGUACUUAAUAAUCAAACAUUUCAAGAAGCUCUGAGUGAAACGGCAAACAGCAAAAUUAUCCAAUAUAGCAUAACACGAUUAAACCUAUGUCGGGUGGCAGGGCCUUUUGGUAUUAUCCUUAUUGGAAAUUUUAUUGCAUUG